AUGAAGAGAGUAAGGGAUGAGGCUCCUCCAAAGAAAACGGUUGAAUUUGAAGAAGCUAUUAGUUUUGUGAACAAGAUAAAGAAACGAUUCCAAAGUGAUGAGCAUGUUUACAAAUCGUUCUUGAACAUUUCCAAUAUGUACCGCAAAGAGCAUAAGGACAUAGGUGAAAUUUAUAGUGAGGUUGCUACCCUGUUUAAGGAUCAUCGAGAUUUGCUUGAGGAGUUCACUAGAUUCUUACCAGAUAGUUUCGCAGCACCUUCUACACAGCAUGCUCCGGAUGCUCGAAAUUCAUUGCAGCGCUUUAGUGAGCGGAGUUCUAUGGCACCCAUGAUGCGGCAAAUGCAAGUAUAUCGACGAAAGAGGCUUCCUUCUCAUGAUCGUGAGCGUGAUCUGAGUGUUGAACACCCUGAGAUGGAUGAUGACAACACAAUGAUGAACAUGCACAAGAAGCGGAGGAAACGUGAGAGUAAGGAUAUGAGGAUUAAUCGUGAUCAGGAUGAGAGAGAACCUGAUCAUAUAAAUGCUCAACAAUUUCUUGAGAAAAAGAAAUCUGUCAAGAAAGCUGAAGGUUUUGGGUUGGCUUCAGACUUUUCUUCUAAGGAAGACAAGGAUACCUUAAAGAACAUGUAUAGUCAAGCAUUCAGUUUCUUUGAGAAAGUUAAGGAGAAGUUGAACAGUGCUGAUGACUACCAAGCUUUCUUGAAGUGCCUUCAUAAUUUUUUCGUCAGUGAAAUAAUAAAAAGGAAUGAAUUGCAAAAUUUGGUAACCGAUUUACUUGGAAAGCAUCUUGAUCUUAUGGUGGAAUUCAAUGAUUUCCUGGAGUGUUUGGAAAAUAUUGAUGGGUUCCUUGCUGGUGUCAUGAGUAAAAAGUCACUAAGAUCAUCAAAGUUGGAGGACAAAGACAAAGACAAAGAGCAGAAGCGUGAGAUGGAUGGAGCUAAAGAGAAGGAAAGAUACAGGGAGAAGGAGUACAUGGGAAAAUCCAUUCAAGAACUUGACCUCAGUGACUGUAAACGUUGCACUCCCAGCUACCGGCUUCUACCUGCUGAUUAUCCAAUUCCUACAGCUAGUCAGAGAUCUGAGCUUGGUGCUCAAGUAUUGAAUGAUCACUGGGUAUCUGUGAGUUCAGGAAGUGAGGAUUACUCUUCCGAACAUAUGUGCAGGAAUCAGUACGAAGAGAGCUUGUUCAGAUGUGAAGAUGACAGAUUUGAGCUGGACAUGUUAUUAGAGUCUGUGAGUUCUGCAGCUAAACGUGCAGAGGAAUUAUAUAAUAACAUGAAUGAAAAUAAGAUCAAUAUGGAGACUCUGAACCGUAUUGAAGAUUACUUUACU